CUAUUCGGUUACGAUCAAGGAGUGUAAGUUUUUCGCAUUGUUACCUUUUACGCAACCUUUGAGGAUUUGGCAUAUUCGCAAACCAUGGCAAAAUCGCUGACCGCGAAAAUGAAGAAUGAGCGGAAUUAUCGGUUCGACGCCAUUCGCCGACAUGUUCGAGGAAGUGCGAGACAAUGCCACAAUGCAAGGUCUUGUCACUGCAAUCUAUGAGAUUGGCUGCCUUAUGGGUGCCAUGUUCAUUCUCGCCGUUGGUGACUUGCUGGGACGACGGAAAGCGAUGAUUCUAGGAGGUUUUAUCAUGAUCUUGGGUGCCGUCAUUCAAGUCACGUCAUUCCCUAACCACUCCCCCUUGGCUCAAUUCAUCAUCGGUCGUGUGGUCACCGGUGUGGGCAACGGUAUCAAUACAUCGACCAUUCCUACCUAUCAAGCUGAAUGCAGUAAAACCUCCAACAGAGGAUUGCUCAUCUGCAUCGAAGGCGGCAUCAUCGCAUUCGGUACCGUGAUCGCGUACUGGAUCGACUACGGCUGCAGCUACGGCAGCGACGACCUCUCGUGGCGAUUCCCCAUCGCGUUCCAGAUCAUCUUCGGUCUCUUCGUCUGCGUGGCCAUGGUUUUCCUGCCCGAGUCUCCCCGUUGGCUCCUGACCCACGAAAGAUACGAGGAUGCCGAGGUCGUCAUCUCCGCUCUCCGAGGAUUCGAGCUCGGCAGCGAGGACACUCACAUCGAGCGCGACAUCAUCUUGGACUCCAUCCGCGCCAGUGGCUUUACCGGCCAGAAGAGCACCCCCGUCAAGGCCCUGCUUACCGGUGGCAAGACCCAGCAUUUCAGGCGCAUGCUGCUCGGUGCCAGCAGUCAGCUGUUCCAGCAGGUUGGUGGUUGCAAUGCCGUCAUUUACUAUUUCCCCAUUCUGUUUGAGAAGAACAUCACGCCCGGUAACCAUCAUUUGGCUCUUCUUAUGGGUGGUGUAAACAUGAUUGUUUACUCCAUCUUCGCUACAACUUCGUGGUUCAUCAUUGAGCGCGUUGGUCGUCGCAAGCUGUUCCUCUGGGGAACUCUCGGACAGUGCCUGUCUAUGGUCCUCACGUUCGCUUGCUUGAUCCCCAAUACCCAGGCCGCUUCCAAGGGCGCUGCUGUUGGUCUUUUCACCUAUAUCGCUUCGUUCGGUGCAACCUGGCUCCCGCUCCCGUGGUUGUACCCUGCUGAGAUCAACCCCAUCAAGACUCGUGCCAAGGCCAAUGCUGUCUCUACCUGCACGAACUGGCUCUUCAACUUCCUCAUCGUCAUGGUAACGCCCAUCAUGAUCACCAACAUCGGUUGGGGCACCUACCUGUUCUUCGCCGCCGUCAACGCCUGCUUCCUGCCCAUCAUCUACUGGUUCUAUCCCGAGACCGCGCGCCGAUCCCUCGAGGAGAUCGACAUCAUCUUCGCCAAGGGCUUCGUCGAGAAGAAGUCCUACGUGCGCGCCGCCGAGGAGUUGCCCCUGCUCACCCCCGAGCAGGUCGAGCAGGAGGCUCUCAAGUACGGACUCAUCGAGACGGCCGCACGAGGCGCCACCCAUGCCACUGGGCCGGCGGGCGUCCCGCACGAGAAGGCGCUCAGCGAGAAGAGCGAGGCGGACGGGAGCCACGAGGAGGUGGAGAACUAAGAGCAUUAGGUUCGCGAGGUUUAUUGUGUGUUAGACCUCGUUCGUGCAGCGAAGUGGAAAGUAGCCGGGAGAGGAAGAAAGGGAAGCGAGACAGCCUUCCCUUCUCCACCAUCAUCAGAUCAACAUCAUGUGAUUUGUAGCUAGUCACUUGGUUUUCUGCAAACAUUUGAUACCCCAAACGGAGUGGGCGCCCCUUAACAGCCCGUAUACCUAACUUUUACCCUUUAUAUAGACUACAAGUUACGUUACUUAGUACUCGUUACUACUACGCACUCAAGAAAGUACCUACCUACCUACUCACCCAGGUAGCUUUUCUAACCCGUUUGCGAUGAGGUUCGCUUGAGUUAUCUUCUCUUCUAUUAAUUUUAUAUUUUUAUUAGCUUGUAGGAUAACUUUGUUACAUUGCCGUAGUUGUUGAGACAUUGUAUUGUAGAUCCUUGAGGUCGGUGG